CGACUUGCUGGUAACCUUAGAACGCUACGGGAUUCCCGACAUCGACCUCUCCCCUCUAUUUUUCCUUUCCUUGUGUUAUUCUCAAUUGAAGUAAUUGAAAGGAGGGAGAUUUAAUAAGAUUGAAUAAGACGAACGAGACAGGCAAGACGAGCAAAAUGUUCAAGACUACACGAUCUGCGGGGGCAAUGGUUUUGAGAGCCAAGCCCACCUCAUCCCUCCUCCCUUAUCGAUCCCUAGCAGCAAUCUCCAACAGCGCAAACAAGCCAGCUCAAGCACAAGUUCAGGCAAUGGAAACUAGACAUCCAGCGGAUAGAGGAAAUCUCAAACUGAGUGUUACUGGAAAGGAGAGGAGAGAAGUGCUUCUUCCCAGUCAAGAGGGAAAGAAGGGUGUUAUGCAAUAUGCUUUAACUACACUUGAUCAAAUUGCCAAUUGGGCACGACAAGGAUCUCUCUGGCCCAUGACCUUCGGACUUGCCUGCUGCGCCGUCGAAAUGAUGCAUCUCUCAACCCCACGUUACGAUCAAGAUCGUCUCGGUAUCAUUUUCCGUGCUUCUCCUCGUCAAUCCGAUGUUAUGAUUGUGGCUGGUACAUUGACCAACAAGAUGGCUCCUGCUCUUCGUCAAGUUUAUGAUCAAAUGCCAGAUCCAAGAUGGGUGAUUAGUAUGGGAAGUUGUGCGAAUGGUGGAGGGUAUUAUCAUUAUAGCUAUAGUGUUACAAGAGGUUGUGAUCGUAUUGUUCCGGUCGAUAUUUAUGUGCCAGGUUGUCCGCCAACUAGUGAGGCACUUAUGUACGGAAUCUUCCAAUUGCAGAAGAAGAUGAGACAUACGAAGAUUACUAGGAUGUGGUACAGAAAGUAGAUGGUAGACAUGGUGUGGUUGGAGGGGUGGAAGGGUUGGAGAAUCUCAUGGCUGCUUGAUAUAGAAUGCAGAUGAAUGGAUUGAUGGAUGGAUAUGCGGAUGAUAACGGGGUGGGGUGGGUUCUAGAGUCUGUACAAAAUGUACAUAGUCCACUGGGAGUUUUCGUCAUUUUUUAUUUGAGAAAGGGAAAAUACAAUGGAAUUGAAAAUCUGUUGAUGGUUGGUG